AUGGGUGCCCGUUUGCUGCUCGGAUCAGUGAUGCUGUGCGCGGCCGUUUUCGUCGAGGCUCGAGUGGGCAGCAAUCGUCGUCAAUUAACGAGGGAGGAUAAGGAUCUCCUCGCGAUGCGGGACGUCAACACCAACUUCAUGUACACUCUCGUGUGCGACAAUUCUGUUCCUGUCGAAACUCGCAUGGCUCGAUAUGAAUGUCUCUUGAACCGUAUCGCUCCUCUGGACCGGAACGCGUUGGUCCGAUGCGUGAAUCGCUUCGAUUUCCGAAGGGACUCCGACUUCAUUAGAUCCUUCUGUAGAGGUCAGGUCGGUUGCAGGAGGUUCCGAUAUUGCAUCGCUCGCGAAAGGGAGAUCUUAAUGGAGCUGGCCACAACCGCUAAACCGGUCGGAGAAGCAUUAGGCACGGUGGAGCCAACGGAAAUUCCCGUAACCACGACGACAACAACCACAACGACCGAGCCUCCGACGGAACCGCCUACCACAACGGAACAACCCAUCGAAAUUCCUUCUACGAUGAAAGAGGGCUCUAAACCGGAUCCGAACGCGGAUGACGGCGCCGGGGAAAGCGGUCGGGGCGAUGAUGUUCCGUCGUCACCAGCGCCUCUGCUCCCAGACAAUAUCGAGGCGAUCGACGAGGAAGACGAUUACUUCCCUUGUUUAUGUGCCAAGAAGGCCAAGUACCUCAAACGAGCAUCGAAGAUGUCUCGCCAGGGCCGGUCGUUAAAUGGCGUGGAACAGUUGAGGGCCCAGAGACAGCUAGAGCCCGCGAAGCUUGUCUUCCCUCUAGGGGUCGUCAGGCAAUGCCUCAUCGAGUGCGGGGACCACGCCAACGGCGUGGGCUCAGCUACGUCCCUCCGGCGAUACUACUCGAGUAUUUUUCGCCCUUUCUAG